UUUCAGACCAGCCGAUAGGAUCUGUAGAAAUGACAUCGCUAAGCGAUGUCCAAAAUCCUAAUAUUUUUGAUUUUCUUCUCAACUCUAUGUUUAAUCAACGCAGAAAUAUCGCAAACCAACGUUACUAAAACCGCAAUAAAACGUAAAUCAUUAAUCCCACUAUUAUACGAUUCAACUUUAAACAACAUAAAUGUUACUAAAGUAGCAAAUUGUGAGUGGUUAAGAGGGUAUAAACACCAACGUCAACAAUGCUUAGUAAGAAAAGGGCUCGAAAAAGUUUUAAUAGCAACAAGAAAAUUAAUAAUUUCGAUUUGCCAACAAAGUUUUAAAUACGACACUUGGAAUUGUACUUACAGCAAAAAUCAAUUUAAGAAGAUAAACAGAGAAACGGCGUUUCUACAAUCACUUUCAGCGGCGGGUUUAAUGUUCACCGUUACGGAAGCAUGUUUAAACAAAAAAUUGCAAAGAUGUAAAUGCGAUGAGUCGAAAGAGUACUUCAUUAAAGUACCUGAUUAUAAAAACUUCAGCGGAUGUCAAGAUAAUACAAAAACAGGAAAAGUUUUAACGAAGAAUUUUCUAAUGGCUCAAUAUUCCGGGAAAAAAGCAACCACAGCAAAUUUAAAUGUCAAAUUUGGAAUUAAAGUUGUUAUGGAAAGUGUUAAAAUCCACUGUAGAUGUAGUACUUCAGUUUUUUCUUGCAAAAAUAUAUGUGAAAAACGACUCCAACCUUUUAGUAACAUCAUGGAAAAAUUAAAAUUAGCGUAUCACAACGCCAUCAAGUUAAAAACGAAACAUUUAACGUCUGGUUCAAAGUAUAAAUUACCGAAAGAUAGAUUACUGUACCUCAGUGAUAGUUCAAACUUUUGUAACUCAACCGCUGGGAGGCGCUGUUUAGAUGCAGAGAACUGUGCAACUUUGUGUUGCGGACGAGGAUUCAAUAGCAGAACUAUUACAGUACGAAAAAAAUGUAAAUACAGACUUGGAGAAUGCUGUUACAAAAUAACCCACGAGAUCUGUACUCAACAAGAAUUUAUUUAUGAAUGCAAAUAAUGUUUUUUUUUCAA